AGUGCUCGUGCCAGAACGACCGAUUGCGACAUAAAUAUCCAUCCAUCUCGACAGCAUCACACAUCCGAAUCUGACCAUCACCACCACCAUGGUCCGCCAUAAAAAGGACGGCUUCUCUUCGCGCGGCGGCAAAGGCGGCCACGGCCGGCACCCGCCCCGCAACAACCCCCGCGCCGGCAAAGCCCCUCAAGACGGCGCCGGCAGCGGCGGCGAAGACACCACAGCCAACCCUCACGACCCAUCCGCUUCCUCGCGCCCCUACCGCCCUCCCUUCAAAGCCGCCUGCUGGGACCUCGGCCACUGCGACCCGAAGCGGUGCUCGGGCAAGAAGCUGAUGAAGCUCGGUCUGAUGCGCGAGCUGCACCUAGGCCAGCGACACUCGGGCGUCAUCAUCACGCCCAACGGCAAGCGGGUCGUGUCGCCCGCCGAUAAAGAAUUGAUGGAGCAGUACGGCGCGGCGGUGGUGGAGUGCUCGUGGGCGCGCACCAAGGAGGUGGAGUGGAAGAAGGUGGGCGGCAAGUGCGAGCGCUUGUUGCCGUACCUGGUGGCGGCCAACACGGUCAACUACGGCAAGCCGUUCCGGCUGAACUGCGUGGAGGCGCUGGCGGCGGCGUUUGCGAUUUGUGGGCAUCUGGAGUGGGCGGAGGAGAUUUUGGCUCCGUUUUCGUACGGCAGGGCGUUUUUGGAUAUCAACUCGAAGCUGUUCAAGAUCUACUCGGCGUGCAAGGAUGAGGAUGAGAUCAAGAAGGCCGAGGAGGCGUGGAGGGAGAGGCUGGAGAAGGAGUAUACGGAGAGCAGAGAGGGCGAGUCGGAUGAUAUUUGGACAACUGGAAACACAAAUCGGAGACCAGCCAUGGAUGAUUCAGAUGAGGAUGAAGACGACGAGGAGGAGGAAGAUAGCGAUGAGGAGGAAGACGGUAGCGACCAAGACGGCAGUGUAGACGGUAUCUACCUCGGAACCAAACCACCACCCAAACAGAAACAACCAGCAGCCUCCGACGACGAAGAGGAAGAAGAAGAAGAUAGGGACCCGUUCGCCAUAUCCGACGACAGCGAUGACGAAGCCGAGAUGGAGGCCAUUCGGCGCAAGAUUCUCGCAUCCAAAUCAUUCGCCAACCCUGAACCGCCCAAGAAGACGGUGGAGAUGAUUGCCCGGCCCCAGGGACAGUACAAGCCGGAUUCCGAUGCCGAGCCGGACUCGGACAACGGAGAGGAGGAUGACGAGUUUGACAAUAUCAUUGCGGCCACGCCCGUUACCGAUAGGAUAGGACUGCAGAAGCUGGAGAAGGAGCGGACGCGGGCCACGGUGACGAGAGGGACCUUCUCGUCUGCUUCCAUAUCUGCGCCCAGAGGAGGAAGAUAGAGGAGAUGAUGGGUUAAGGAUGUUGGCAUAUUAAGUUGAAAGGGCAUUUGACGAAACAAAAAGAAUCACACAAACCAGAUAUGGACUAACAUAUCAUGCAUUACUUUCCACUCCAUGAAU